AUUUCUAUUUGAAAAUAUGACUAACCAACCUAUCGUAUUAAUCACUGGCUGUUCAAGUGGAGGCAUUGGCUAUUCACUUGCAAAGGUAUUUGCCAAAGAAGGAAAUAAAGUCAUUGCUACUGCACGUCGCGUCGAGGCCAUGGAGGGGCUGGAAGAAUUUGGUUGUGAUAAAGAAAGAUUAGAUAUUAUGAGUCAAGAAUCAAUCGAACGGGUUGUCGAGAAUGUCAUUGCCAAAUAUGGACAUAUAGACGUCUUGGUGAAUAAUGCAGGAGUGCCUGCCGUAGGUGCUCUACUUGAUAUCGAUUUGGAUAAGGCUCAACAAUGUGUAAAUACCAAUGUGUUUGGUACCCUUGCUAUGUGUCGUGCUGUUGCUGUUCACAUGGCCAAGAGAAAGAGGGGUAAGAUCGUCAACAUUGGUUCUGUGGUAGGAUACACGAGUACACCUUGGGCUGGUAUCUAUGCUCUCUCUAAGGCUGCUGUUCAUUCUAUGUCGGAUACCUUGCGUAUGGAACUGAAGCCCUUUGGUAUCCAAGUCACUGUUGUUGCUCCAGGCGCCAUUCGAUCCAACAUUGGAGCAGCUGGAGAAGCAGGCAAUCUUGUGCCAGAAGGCUCCCUUUAUGCACCCGUCGCCAACUACAUUAUUGCCAGAGCAUCCUUAUCUCAAGGUCCUCACUCUACUCCAACUGAAGUUUUUGCAUCGCGUGUCGUCAAGAAAGUCAGUCAAGCUACAGCGCCUCGUUAUAUUACUACGGGUGCCAUGUCAUGGAUAUUCAUCGUCCUUUACUAUUUCCCCUUGUUUAUUAAGGAAUUUUUCUUUAACAGACGUUUUGGAGUUUUUGAUUUAGAAAAGAAGACGAAAUAAGGCUUUACAAUAAAUCUUGGCAGAUAAUUUGGUACAAAAUUUAUGUAGUCUGGCAAUAAAUUGCAUAAUAAGUAGGGGAUAAAGGUGGU